GAUACGGGACAUUUUGGGAGAAGGAUAUACCGGAAAACAACGACGAGUUCUUCAAAGAGUGCUUUCGUAUGGAGAAGAGUACCUUUUCGUUUUUGGUGGACCGACUUGGUGUUUUGCGGAAGAAGGACACCAACUGGCGAAAUGCCAUUCCUUUUGAAAAGCGGAUCGCUAUAGCCUUGUACACCUUGGGAUCAUCAGCGGAAUAUCGUUCCAUCGGAGACUUUUUGGAGUUGCACAGAACACUGUGUGCAAAAUUUUCCACGAAUUUUGCUUGGCACUUAUGUUUGAGUUUGCCAGCGAGUUCAUGUAUCUUACUCCAGAAAAAGUGGACAAGUGUGUCAAAGGAUUUGAAGCAAUUGGAUUUCCCCAGUGUCUAGGUGCAAUUGGUAAGAUAUAAAUUCAUUAAAUCAGUUUAUGGUCUUAGCAAUGUACAAUGUGCAGUGGUUGUCACAUCGAAAUAUAACCGUCAGCAGCAGAAGCAGUCGAUCACCACAACUACAAAGGCUGGUACUCAAUAGUACUAUUCGCUCUCGUAGAUUACAGAUACAGAUUUACCUAUGUAAACAUCGGCUCUGCUGGGCGCUACAACGACUCCACUACAUUUCAAAAGUCGAGCCUGGCAAGGAAUAUGGUGUCUUCUCCGAUUCUUCAGUCAUUCUAGCUUGCUGCAUUUUGCACAACAUUUCAAAUGAGCACAACAGCGCUAUAAAUGAAACUUGGCUGCAAAUGACCUACGCGAACAACCAAAUCGGACUAAUAAGUCUGCAGAUUUCAGCCAACCUGCAGAAAAAAUAAGAGCAGCUAUUUCCCAAUAUUGUCU